UAGAUUAGAUAAGGAAGCAUGGGAGUAAUGUUGGACGUAUGAGCGGUGUCGGAAAAGUAGAAUCACCACGUGUGGACCGACGACACGCGUAAUGCCCUAGCUAACUCUCUCUGUAAUAUUAAACGUGGCGUAGUUCUUGUCUCCGACCUCCAAUUCCUGUCUUGUCUUUAACAACUCCGAGACAACCAAAGCUGCGAAGCGGGCGAUAACGAGAAAAUAUAGGUGUCUUCUCUCAUUGUUAUCAUCAUCAAUGGCUAUGGUAGAAGAACCCAUCCUUUCAAGACUGGACCGUAUAGAUGUCAUGGUGAGGAAGCUAGAAGAGAUGAAAGGAAGCUCACCGAGAAGCUCUAGCCCAUCGACUCCAUCUAGUGGGACUCAACCAUCGUCACUUGAUCUGUCGUCACCGAGGAGCACAGGGAAGCAAGUUCAGUGCCGUCCGAUGGAGCAAGUGAUGGAAGAGACUGAGCGGAAAGGGACUUUGUUAGAGAGACUAAACAAUGUGGAGGAGCAAGUUCUUAAGCUGUGUAUAAAGUUUGAAGAAGAGGUUGAAGAAGAGAGUAAGAGAGAUGAUAACUCGAAGAAAACGAAGAAGAAGAAGGGGUUGAGGAAGUUGGUUGAUAAAGUUGUUGGAUCUUCUUCUCCGACUAAAAGCCCUUCCAAGAGAUGGCAUUGCUGAGCCUUUGUUUUAUUACUCUGUUCUUCCUAUAUCAUCCAUGUAUGAUUCAACCAUGUUUCCACAGCUUUUCUUCUUUUUCUUUGAUGAAAAGCUCAAAUUUAAAUUGUUAUGUUUGUGUGUGUUGUUACUUGUAAGUGUGCAAUUUGCAGUUAUGUAUCCACAAAAUUGCUUGCUUGUUCGUUCAACCCGCUGUAUAUUCCGCAAAAGAGCUGACUUUAUUUCAAUAAAUGUGAUGUUUAUCACAAGUCACCUGU